GUUGUGACAUGAAGUGAACGUGAAUGAUCCAUACACUGAGUGUAGGAGCAGUGGUGCGUUUCACUCACUGCAGCCCUGUAGGGCAGCUGUAUAGGGAUGAGGGAUGGGAGCUGGAAGAUUUGGCUCAAAAUGGGGAAUGGAACAGCUUUCUUCAUAUCUCCACUGACCCUCACUGAGUGUGCUGUUACUGGGAGCCCAGGAGAGAGCAGGAUGGAGAAACCUCACUCCACUAUGAGGAGACGCUUCUUACGCAAGCAGUGUCCCACUAAAGUGAUCGAGGACGUGGAAGAACCCAAAGCCAAAUUGCAGAAGGCCGCUACCAAGGACCAGUACUGCCAGACUGAGCAGCAGCAUCAGGGCUGCUGUGAGUCUGCGGCGGCAGUGGGCACGGACAAGGGCACGGACAAGAGCACGGACAGCCCCGAGGCAGGCCCCGAACCCGCCGUAUUGGUCAUGGAGCCGGGGGAUCCACCCCUGCUGCAGCAGCAGCUUCAGACUUCCAAAUCAGGUAUCCAGCAGAUCAUCGAGUGUUUCCGCUCAGGGACGGCCCAGCUGAAGCACAUCCUGCUGAAGGAGGUGGACACCAUCUUUGAGUGUAAACUGUGCCGCAGCCUGUUCCGCGGCCUGCCCAACCUCAUCACGCACAAGGAGUUCUACUGUUUCCCCAGAGAGCCCGACGCCACCGAACCGCCCGCCGAGGACAAGCAGAGCCAGGCCAUAAGGGAGCUACUGGAGGCCAUCUACCCGCGGAAGGACAGGCAGGAGUAUGUGGUGAAACUGGACCCCAUCGAGACCAACCAGAACGCUGUGUUCCAGCGCCUCACCACGGAGGAUGAAGCAUCCCUCCCCGAGGUGCAGGACCCGGCCCACCAGCCGGCCGCAGAGAACCCGGACCCCCAAGAGCACCUGGAAGAGGAAGAGGAUGAGGAAGAGGAAGAGGAAGAGGAAGAGGAUGAGGACGAUGCCUCCGGAGGGGAGGAGAGCAAGCAGGCGAGGGAGGAGUCGUGUGAAAUGACCCCAGAGCAGGAGGCGGAGUCGGAGGCAGAGGAGGUGAAGGCGGAGGCGGAGAUGGCGCCCGUGGAAGACGAACCCGAGGCCAAUGAGGAGGAGGACUACAAGGUCUCCUGCUGCCUCUGCGGCAAGGACUUCAACUCCCACCGCAGCGUGCGGCGGCACUGCCGCAAGAUGCACAAGACGAAGAUGGACGAGCUGUGCAAGUUCACCGAAACGUCGACCAUUCCCAUCAGCCUGUUCUCCACUGUGAGGGGCCGCCCAUCCCGGCCCCUGGCCUCCAUGGGCCGCGACUGUCCCAUGUGCAGCAAGUCCUUCGCCACCAUGGCCAACGUGCGGCGGCACUUCGACGAGGUCCACCGGGGCCUGCGGCGGGACACCAUCACCCCAGACAUCGCCACCAAGCCGGGCCAGCCGCUGUCCCUGGAGUCCUCCCCCAGCAAGCAGAAGCCCCUGCCCCAGAAGCAGUACAACCUGGUGGCCUGCAAGUGCCUGAUGUGUCGGAGGCAGUACAGCUCCCAGGUCAUGCUGGGAAGGCACCUGCGCAUCGUCCACAAGAUCAACAUCCUGGAGAACGGCUCCGCCCCCACCCACAUCAAAGACGAGAACCACUCCGCCGCCACCUCCGGGGCCAACCCCUCCUUCCACAGCGAGCCGGACAAGAGGGGGCAGUCAGCAACCCCAAAGAGCAGGGUCAAACGGGAGAAUGAGGCCCCCAGGUCCCGCAAGGUGGUGAGGUUGUCUGUGGGCUUCGACUUCAAGAUGCUCUACUGCAAGCUGUGCAAGCGGCAGUUCUCCUCCAAGCAGAACCUGAGCAAGCACAUCGACAUGCACACGGACGGCAACGACAUCUUCAUCAAGUUCUACCGCUGCCCCAUCUGCAACUACGACUCGCGGCGCAAGCGCGACGUCAUCCGUCACAUCACCGUCGUCCACAAGAAGUCCUCGCGCUACCUGGCCAGGAUCAUCCCCAACCUGGAGAGCCGGGCCAUCAAGAAGCCGGCCGAGACGGUGCUCAAAAGCGUGGUGAAGAGGGGCCCCCAGAAGGAGGACGUGAACGGCAGGCAGGAGCCCUCGCCCGCGGGAUCGCCGGCACCCACCCCGCGCAAGCAGGACCCGCCCGCCUUCUCCACCGUCACCCGCCGGCAGGAGGCCCUGGAGGCCAGCACUGAGGUGAAGGUCACCAGAAACUUCUCGCUCCACGCCUGCGAGAUCUGCGGCAAGGCCUUCGCCAAAAAGAUCUACCUGGAGUCGCACAAGAGGAGCCACAAGACGGCCGCCGCCAUGAGCGCCUCCGAGGAGGGCAGGACCAAAGGCAGGAGCACGCGGUCGAAGGCCUUCAUAUGAUCUCAUUUGCUGCGGCUUGGAACACUUGCACUGGAUUCUUAAUCGAGACCAGAAAACGUCACGGAUGAGAGAACCACUAACGACGAGAAAAGAAGAGUUGGAACGAGCACUUGCUGAAGCGUGGGUGGAAGAGAGUGGG